AUGCCUUUUGGAGCCAAAAUCCAACCAAUUGUCGGCGAUGGUGCAGCAAAGGAGCCUGCAGCGGUGAGGCAAAUACCAAGAACUAGACUAAGGCAGCUCUUUGAUCGCCCUUUCAGCUUAAAAAACUUAUCCAUAGGCGAUCACUCGCUUUCAAAAGGCGAUUUAGGAGAAAUUGACCCGACCUCUCUCUGUUUGAGUAACAUGGUCAGAAACUACAUGGAGGAUCCCGACAGUGGGAAAAAACAUUGUCGUGGCCGCAAUGGCUGCAACAACUGUUUUAGCGGGAGCGGGAGUGGCAGUGAUAGUGAUACUGAUAGCUCCGAGGAAGAUGAAGAAUCCUCUUUCAGCGAGUUUCUUCGAACGGUCAAGAAUCUGCUUCUUUGUGCUACCGUCUCCGAGGGAGAGAGGAAUCUGGUGACAAAAGCGACAGAGAUCGUCGAGAAAAACAAUCAUGAUUCACAGUUGCAAACUCUCGUUGAUGAGUUGGUGGCUUUAGGCUACGAUGCUGCUAUAUGCAAAUCUCACUGGGGGGACUCGAGGAAGAUUGUUUGCCAUGCUGGAGAAUAUGAGUAUCUGGAUGUAAUGAUAGGAGGAGAGAGAGUGUUGAUCGACGUUGAUUUCAAGUCGAAAUUCGAGAUUGCUCGUCCGACCAAGAAGUAUAAGACUAUAUCAGAGACACUUCCUUAUGUUUUUGUGGGACAAGUGGAUCGGCUGAAGAAGGUUGUGGUAGUUGUGUCUAAAGCUGCAAAGAAGAGCAUGUUGAAGAAGGGGCUUCAUGUGCCACCAUGGAGGAGGGCAAAGUAUCUCUUAACAAAAUGGUUGUCUCCUUAUGAUCGUGCUAACCAAAGUAAAGGAGAACCUAAAGAACCAAUGGAGACAGUGGCGGAUCCCAACAAACAAAUUGAGUGA